UUAAUGAAGCUUGACUUAGAGCGAGAAGUUGUCAGGAUAAAAUCGUGUUGUGCAGGUUUACUAUUAUUGAUAGUAAACCUUAUAAGCUCACAAGUAAGGAGUUCUGGGAUCGAUCCCCGGGCGAGAGAAGACGUGUACGUCUCUUCUUACACCUGUAGUCAGUAUACAGCUGUGUGGGUGUUAGGUGAGGGCUGUGCGAGGCUGCUGGAAGCGGUCACGUGUUGGAUGUAAAAGAGGGGGGAGGGUAUCAAUACCCAUGUGUACCUCUAGAUUUCAGGGGUCCUCGUCCCCCCCCCAGAUCAAUCUAAGAUUAAUUAUUAAAACAAAAUAUUCUGCGCCUCAGAAAUGCUACAAUAUUCCCUCGUAACCAACCACACACACACACACACACACACACACACACACACACACACACACACACACACACACACACACACACACACACACACACACACACACACACACACAUCCACACUACCCUGGAGACCAGCUAAGAGGAGGUCAUGCAGGAGGUCAUGCCAGGAAUGUGUAAGAUACAAGUGGUGCCCAGAGGACCGGGAGACAGAGCCCAGCCUCUUGAAAAUAUUCAUCCAUUUUUACACAUCUUAUGGCUCGUUUAUUUUCGCCCGAUCUACAGCAGCUGAAUAACGUAAUUCAGUGUUAGGGCUUUUGAUUCGAGGAAUUCGAUCAGGCGCUGUGACUUACUGGUUUAGCGCUUCCUUAUGUAUUUAAUAAUAAUUUAGGAAAUUAUCAGCAGAAUGAUUAGUGAACUAGCCGUUUCUGUUCUGAAGUGUGACCUCAAGUGUGACCUUUGAAAAGUGACCUCUUAAGUGUGACCUCAUCGUGGUAAAGUUACUGAACUGUGAACUUAGUUAAACUUCUAGUCCGCAAGUCUUUAUACCAAUAAAACUAUUGAACUGUGAACUGGUGACUGGAAAAAGAUCGCUCGCUUCCUGGGUUGUGCCGACACUUCCUAGCACAGUCUAACUCAUCUUAGCACAGCCUAGCUCAUCCUAGCACAGCCUAGCACAGCUCCCAGGAGAUUAGGCAAAGGAGGUGACGAACAUGUCAAGACGCUGACCAGGGAGAUAGAGGAUGGGCAACGCGGUUAUCCAGCCUUGUACCAGUGAACCCGACCCCGGCGGUACUGAACCCGGCGGUACCGAAUACGGGGUGACCGACUCCGGCCUCUGUGUCAUGACUUACACCAAGUCCAAGUCCCUGGAAUCCUUGCCUGUGGAG